AUGGCAUCGCAGCCAGCACAAAAAAAAGCGCGCACGAAACACUCGCGUAAGUCGCACCCACCACCCCGAGAUGACCCUUCAGAAACCAUAGUAGAGGCAAGCUCAUCUCAGUCUCCCACAAAAAAUGCGCGAUACGCUGAGCCCCCGUCAUUAUCGAUACACUCCGGUGUCGAGCUCGGCCAAGAUCAGGCGAUGGACGACCUCGUCGAGCGUGAUGUCGACGGUACACUGGACGAAAACCUUGCAGAACUCUCCCUUGGCCAGCGUCUCACAGCGCUCACGGGCCAAGACGCCGCAGACCGACACAAUACCUCUCCAGAUGACUCAGACGCGGAGCCAUCGUCAGCCCGCCGGAAACAAGCAGCCGCACAGAACGACGUCGUGCCCGCGCACUCGCUGACCCGAACUCUCAUACAAGCCCUUCACUCCUCUGAUGUCCGCUUACUCGAGACGUGUCUCGCACACUCCGAUUCUACCUUGAUCCGCAACUCCGUCCGGCGGUUACCACCACAGCUUGCCGUCCCUCUGCUGACCGCUUGCGUCGAACGUCUCGGGCGCGGCGCAAGAGCAACAAAUAUGAAAGGUGGAGGAGGUGGUGCUAGCUCUCAGAGAGGCAUGGGAUUGAUCAACUGGAUCAAUGCCGUCUUAGUCGUCCACAGCGGACACCUCAUGACGAUGCCCGACCUAGUCGCACGGCUAUCCGGUCUGCACGCCACUUUGACCUCUCGCCUUUCCCUCCAGGAGAGUCUUUUGUCGCUGAACGGCCGGUUAGACAUGGUCCUGACGCAAAUAGAGAUGCGUUCAUCGACAGCACCCGCGUCACUGCCAAUUAACGGCUCUAAAAUCAAAAAGACCAGAGGGGCCACUCGCUAUAUCGAAGGAGAGAGCGAAGAGGAUGAAGAGGAUGAAGCGAUGGAUGCCGAGGUUCCUGUAGAUGACGAUGAGGAGGGCAGUGUAGAAGAAGUUGAGCUCGGAGGGGAGAGUGACGAGGAUGAUGACGACGAGGAAUACGAAAGCGAGGACGACGACGACGACGGGGAUGAGCCGAUGGUCAAUGGCUUUAUAGAUGAUGAAGCGGAGGAGUACUCUGAGGAUGAGGACGAGGAAGAAAGCGAGUAGACUUGGUAGACUUACAUUGCUUGCUGCAAUAUAUCAAGCC